AGCUUAGAAUCUCUUGAUUUGUCCUAUAAUCAGUUGGAGGGUGUUGUUCCUAACAAUAGGGUUUUCAGACAUGCUGCUUCACCACAAUCAUUUAGAAACAACAAAGGGUUAUGCGGUGAACUUCAAGGUGUACUUGCCUGCAAUCAAUCUCGUACAAGUAAGGGAUAUAGUAAAAAUGGACACAAAGUCCUCAUAUCCAUCAUUGCUUCUUUGAUAGGAAUUGUGUUCCUUGCAUUUGCAAUUAUUGUUGUCCUUUUCCUCUUGCGAAAAAAAAUGAAAAAAGGAAAUCUAGAAGCAACAAGAAGAAACCAUGGCAAUAUAUUUUCAAUAUGGAAUUUCGAUGGCAAGAUUGCUUAUGAGGACAUAAUUCAAGCAACAGAGGAUUUUGAUGCCAAAUAUUGCGUUGGAGCUGGAACUUAUGGGAGUGUUUACAAAGCAAUCCUACCUACAGGUCAUGUAGUAGCCUUGAAGAAGUUCCAUCAAUUGGAAGGCGAGGCGAUAGUUGAUGAAAGCUUUGGGAAUGAGAUGCGUGUAUUAAUAGAUAUCAGGCAUCAGAACAUUGUCAAACUUUAUGGGUUCUGCUCCCAUCCACGAUGCAUGUUUCUUGUUUAUGAGUACAUGGAACAAGGAAGCUUAGCACAUAUCUUGAGCAAUCAAGCCGAGGCUGUGGAGUUGGAUUGGCUGAAAAGAGUAAAUGUCAUCAAAAGUGUGGCCAAUGUUUUGUCUUACUUGCAUCAUGAUUGUAUUCCACCAAUAAUUCAUCGGGAUAUUUCAAGUAAAAAUAUAUUGCUUGACUUGGAACUUGAGGCUCAUGUUUCUGAUUUUGGUGUUGCAAGACUGUUAAAGCCAGAGUCAUCUAAUUGGACGUCACUCAAAGGAACUCAUGGAUAUAUUGCUCCAGAGCUUGCUUACACCAUGGCUUUAACUGCUAAAUGUGAUGUAUAUAGUUUCGGAGUAUUGACAUUGGAAAUAAUUAUGGGAAGGCAUCCAGGGGAGCUCAUCUCAUCUUUAACGUCACCAGUUGGCCAAAAGAUGCUAUUAAGGGAUAUGCUAGACCCACGUCUCACCUUUCCAUCAGAUCAAAAGGUUGCAAAGGAUGUGGUUUCUGUUAUGAGAAUAGCAAUUGCAUGUUUACGCAGUCACCCACAAUCCCGCCCAACUAUGCAUCAAGUAUCAAAAGAGCUACUUGGUCUCCGACCAUCAUUUGUGGAGCAUUUUUAUACAAUUACUGUAGGUGACCUAAAUGAUAUUGAAGUACAAUAUUUGUGAUCGA